AAAGAACUCCUGCUGGGAUAUUGUGAAAGCAGAACGCUCUCUCGGGGCUGCCUCGUUGCUUGGGAUUUUCCAGCAGAAACAGUUUGUUUUCCUGAUAGCAUCUGGUUAAUUUUACGUCUCCCGUUGCAGGGCACCUCAGGCGUGGCUAACGAGAAGCUCCUCCUUUAGUGAGUGGAAAGGAACCUUUGGUGUGUUGUAACCGAGUGCCAGCCUGGUGAGCUGACCGAAAGUUCCUGUCAGUGUCUUUGUAGCAGCAGAAGCUGAAGGAUCCCUGCCUGUUUUCUCCUCUUCUGUUGAAGAGCUUUUGAACAGCUGCCAGAAUGAUUUUGCAUACUGAAGAUUGCAUGAUGGUUUUAGCCACAGUGGAGAAUCUAAUUCACAAGCAUAAGUGGCAAUGUCUGCUUUAGCCUACUGUUAGUUUGCACACCCCAGAAUGCUAUUUCUCCUUAGUGCAGCUGGAUGUGUACCUGAGGAUAAAUAAGUCAUAAAUGUGAUACAACUUCUUGUCUCUCACGCUACUGUUUGUCCACAAAGCACAGAAGCUGCAUCAGGAGCUCCUCUAGCUCUGUCUGUCUCCAAAGAGGAGGCUAAAGAGCAGAAAGACAAGAAGGCUGGGGAGGAGGAACAAAGUGAACUUCCCUCUGUUCUUGGAGACAACAUGAACUUGAAGAUGGUGGUGAAUUUCCCACCAUUCUGGAAGAUGACAGCAAGGCUCCAGCAGUGUGGAUGGAGGACAGGGAAUGUCUUGCAGUGUGGGAUGAGGAGUGGGAAUGUCUUGUCGCAUGGGAAGAAGGAGAGCAAAGAUCUCACAGUGUGGGAAGAGGAGGGCAGACAGCCAGCAGCGUGGGACCAGGACGGGAACAUCCAGUGGAGUGGGAAGAGGACAGCAAACAUCACACCAUGGGGGAAGGGGAGGAACAGCAUCUCUCUGUGUGGGAAGAGCACCAUGAACAUCCCUCUGUUUGGGAAGAGGAUGGAGAAGCACUGCCUUUUUGGGAAGAGGACAGUGAGCCUCCCUCUGUCUGGGAAGAGGGCAUUGAACCUCCCUUUGUCUGGGAAGAGGACAGUGAACCUCCCUCUGCUGAGGCAUCAUGGGCUGAGUAUUCUGACAGCAGCACAGCCUCGCAGCCAGAGGGGAGAGGAGAGAGGGAACACUCUGAGCGUGGGGGAGCCUGCCAAGAAACACACUGAAGUUGAGCCAGUUGGCCAAGGCUGCCUUGUUGAUGAAGAUCUCUGGUUGGCGAUGGAGUGCAUGUAUGGAGGAACUUCACAGGAUGUUGUAAGACAUAGAGGUCUGGCUGAAGGAGGAAUGGCAGCUGUGAGGUGAGGGCUCCUGCUUGUGCUGCCCAUGGCUUGGACAUGAUGGUCCUUGGAAAGAGAUGGUGAGAACAGGAAUGGCUUCAUGCUCAGAGCUUUGUUUCUCUGUUGUUUUUAUGCCCUGGAGAAGAGACAGCCUCUUAAAUGAACUGCCUGUCAGUAUCCCUGCACUUCUGCUCUUUCUCUUCUAGUACUUUUUCAUACUAUUGUACUGUCACUCUUUUGAUUCUGUUGCUGUUCUCAACUUUGCCUUGGACCCUUUGUCUGGAGUUUGCACUGCACUCCUUGCUGGUCAAAGCAAAGUUGCUGGUGGCAUAAUUUGUAAACUGUACUUUCUUCUGUUGUAUAUUCAAGUUGUUAAUUUUUAUCCUUGUGUUUUUUGAAUAAAAACUCUGUUAAACCUUAA